GACACGCAUCGGGAGGGGCAGUUACAGAGGUUCUUCCUUGAAGUCUCGUUUCUUGGCUUUCUAAAAAAACUAGUUCAGCUUCCCCGGCUGAAACAUCAUAGCACUACAGACCACCAGCAGCAGAAUCAGCAGCAGUCAGACUUAGAUGCCUCGUUUCGUCUGUAUGCUGCUGUCAGUCAACUAGUAACAGGAGCUACUGCGUGAGGAGGUCACAGGCUCAGAGGACAUGGAGCAGGUAAAUCAGGAUCAUGUGAAGAUCGGAGAGGGCAAAUAUGUGACCAAGAAGUCCCUGUUGUCUCAUCUCAAAACUUACAACAUGUACUAUGAGGGGCAGUCACUUCAGCUUCGCCACAGAGAGGAGGAAGGGGAAGGACUGAUUGUGGAAGGGUUGCUCAAUGUCUGCUGGGGACUGCGACGGCCAAUCAGAUUACAGAUGCAGGACGACCAGGAGCGGGUCAGAUCGCCACCAUCACCUGUAGAACUGCCAUCAGAGGACCAUACAGACUGCACCAAUCAGGCUAGUCUGAAACUGCCUGCUAUCAAGGUCACGAGCCCACUGAGCCAGUCCUCUGCUGAUGAGGAGGGCGAGUCCACACACAUCCAGAGGACGCGCAGUGAUGUGGGUGGCAGAAGGCUGGGAGCGAGACGCAUCAAGAGGCACAGGUGCUCCAUCAAUGGCCACUACUACAACCACAAGACGGCAGUGUUCACUCCAGGGUACGGGUCGGUGACUAACGUGCGUGUAAACAGCUCCAUGACGACGGCCCAGGUGCUCAGAGUUCUGCUGAAGAAAUUUAAGAUCGAGAACAGUCCGGACGAGUUCAGCCUGUUCCUCAUUCACACCAGCGGAGAGCGUGUUCAUCUGAAGAGCACAGACCACCCGUUGGCAGUGCGCAUCAUGGAGGGCCCCUGUGAGCAGAUCAGCAGGAUAUUCCUGAUGGACACGGACCAGGUGGAGGAGGUCACCCAUGAUGUGGCCCAGUACAUCAAGUUUGAGAUGCCCGUGUUGCAAAGCUUCAUCACCAAACUAAAAGAAGAAGAGGACAGAGAAGUUCAGAAACUGAAAAACAGGUUCCAGUACAUGCGCUGUAUAAUUGAGAAGCACAUGAAGACUCGACACCAAACCACCACCUGUGUGUGAGAUGUUCUAUUCCCAUCAGCAACACACACACACACACACACACAUUUAGAAUUGCACUUUGCUGUCAAUGUUCCUGUCAAUACUCGAGUAAGACAAAAAGCAUUAGCACAAAGGUGCAACCAUUGAGAUUUGUGAUGAUCUGGGAAGGCCCAUCGCAUGGUGAAGAAUCUGAUAUCCAGGACGUUGCUAGGAGACGGUAUCCAGGAUGUUGCUAGGAUGGUCUGAAACGGGGCAUGGCGUGAAGGAUUUCUUUUUUUUUUCACUAUGUGAUGGGUUUCCCCAGAUAGCAUCACAUUUUUAUGUAAGUGUCACAAUGAAGCCAUGUUGACAAUCAGAGUUUGUCUCUGAAACAGACCGUUUUGAUCCAAAGAUCUUUCUUCCUUGCAUAAUGUGAACUGGUUUAUCUCCAUAUAUGACUGAAUUGUUUGUGUAUUUUAUAAUAUUUUUCCAAACUCACUGAUGAAGGUCCUAAAGACCUGACCUGGUUAUGUAUGAGUGUUUUUUUAUUAUUAUUAUUUUUCACUUUGUUUUUGCACAUGUAUGAAAAGUUUGAUCAUGGGAUGUCCUCAGUGUUUUGUUGAAACAGUAGGAUGAUAGCCACUCACACCAGGCUACACCAGGGGUGCCUCUCAUUUGGGCUUUUAUAUGUCCUCCCUCGCUCCUCGGGCCUCGAUCCUCACUGAUCUACAUAAAGAACUAUGGGGGGGAAACAAUGGGAUAGUCUAUCCAGUGUUAUAUUAGUUAUAGAUCAGUGGGAACGCCCCUCACCAGGCUACACCAGGUCCGUGACUGAAGCACUCUGUUUACAGAGCGUGAAAAUAGUUUUAGAAGACUGGUCUAAUUUUUUUUUGAACGUAUACAUGCCGCUAUCACGUCUGGUGUGGCUACUUCCAUUGAUUGCAGUGCAAGCUAAUUGUUGUAGCCAGACAUAUAAGUAUUUUUUAUUUAUUUGUAUAACGCUUUUCACAGAUAAAAUCUCAAAGUGCUUUACAGUACAUUAUAAAAUACACACAACAAGAAUAAAAAGCCAGACACAAGAUACACACAAUAAAAACAGGUCAUCAGAAAGUUAAAAACAGAUGACCUUCGAUCAUCGAAAAGAGUAUAAAUGAAGACAAAAGAAGAAAAGAAAAAGGCAAUAAAUAAAUGAAUAAACUUAAUAACGGCAAUGUCAUAAAACUAUAUAUAUAUUAUACAGUCCACGUAUGGUGGCAGUAGGUGCUGUGUUAACAGAUCGCUUCAGUCGCGCCUGCUGUAGCCUCCCUGUUAGACCUAAUCUGACUCAAUAUUUGUGCGUUUAUGAAAACCUUUCAACGGGAGUACAGGAAGUGCCCUAUAAGAUGUACAGUACCCUUGCGCUCAGCAGGACUAAUUGUUGUAUUAAAUGCAGUACUGGUCUCUUCUGCAAGCAGUUGAAUGUUCACAAUUGAAAUGUAUGUAGGUUCAUUAUCUUCAGUUUGAAUGUCUGCUCACAUUUUUUCCUGGUAAGAGAUGCAUAAACUUCUAUUUUUCUCUAA